CUGGGAUAGAAGCGGCAGGAGCAGCGUUGGCACCGGCGAACCAUGGCUGGGAUUUUCUAUUUCGUCCUCUUUUCGUUUCUCUUUGGGAUUUGCGACGCUGUCACCGGUUCCAGGGUAUACCCGGCAAAUGAAGUUACUUUAUUGGAUUCCAGAUCCGUUCAGGGAGAACUUGGGUGGAUAGCAAGCCCUCUGGAAGGAGGGUGGGAGGAAGUGAGUAUCAUGGAUGAAAAGAAUACACCCAUCCGGACCUACCAGGUGUGCAACGUGAUGGAGCCCAGUCAGAACAACUGGCUGCGAACUGACUGGAUCACGCGAGAGGGGGCUCAGAGGGUGUACAUCGAAAUCAAGUUCACCUUGAGGGACUGCAACAGUCUCCCGGGCGUCAUGGGGACUUGCAAGGAGACCUUUAAUCUGUACUACUAUGAGUCAGACAACGAUAAGGAGCGUUUCAUCAGAGAGAGCCAAUUUGCCAAGAUUGACACCAUCGCUGCGGAUGAGAGCUUCACCCAAGUGGACAUAGGUGACAGAAUCAUGAAGCUGAACACUGAGAUCCGGGAUGUAGGACCACUGAGCAAAAAGGGGUUUUACCUGGCGUUUCAGGACGUGGGUGCCUGCAUCGCUCUGGUGUCCGUCCGCGUGUUCUAUAAGAAGUGUCCACUCACCGUCCGCAAUCUGGCACAGUUUCCAGACACCAUCACCGGGGCUGAUACUUCUUCCCUGGUGGAAGUUCGAGGCUCCUGUGUCAACAACUCAGAAGAAAAGGAUGUGCCAAAAAUGUACUGUGGGGCAGAUGGUGAAUGGCUGGUGCCCAUUGGCAACUGCCUGUGCAAUGCCGGGCAUGAAGAGCAGAAUGGAGAAUGCCAAGCUUGCAAAAUUGGAUAUUACAAGGCUCUCUCCACGGAUGCCACCUGUGCCAAGUGUCCACCCCACAGCUACUCUGUCUGGGAGGGCGCCACCUCGUGCACCUGUGACCGAGGCUUCUUCCGGGCUGACAAUGAUGCCGCCUCUAUGCCCUGCACCCGCCCACCGUCUGCUCCGCUCAACUUGAUUUCAAAUGUCAACGAGACAUCCGUGAACUUGGAAUGGAGCAGUCCUCAGAACACAGGUGGUCGUCAGGACAUCUCCUACAAUGUCGUCUGUAAGAAGUGUGGAGCUGGUGACCCUAGCAAGUGCCGACCCUGUGGGAGUGGGGUCCACUACACCCCGCAGCAGAAUGGCCUGAAGACCACUAAAGUCUCUAUCACCGACCUCCUGGCGCAUACCAAUUACACGUUUGAAAUCUGGGCAGUGAAUGGCGUGUCCAAGUACAACCCCAGCCCAGAUCAGUCAGUGUCCGUCACCGUGACAACCAACCAAGCAGCACCAUCAUCCAUUGCUUUGGUCCAGGCUAAAGAAGUCACAAGAUACAGCGUGGCUCUGGCUUGGUUAGAACCAGAUCGGCCCAAUGGGGUAAUCCUGGAAUAUGAAGUCAAGUAUUAUGAGAAGGAUCAGAAUGAACGAAGUUAUCGUAUAGUCCGGACGGCUGCCAGGAACACGGACAUCAAAGGCCUGAACCCUCUGACUUCCUAUGUCUUCCACGUGCGGGCCAGGACGGCAGCUGGCUAUGGGGACUUCAGUGAGCCCUUGGAGGUCACAACCAACACAGUGCCUUCCCGGAUCAUUGGUGAUGGGGCCAACUCCACUGUCCUUCUGGUGUCUGUCUCCGGCAGCGUGGUGCUGGUGGUCAUUCUCAUUGCGGCUUUUGUCAUCAGCAGGAGACGGAGUAAAUACAGCAAAGCAAAACAAGAAGCAGAUGAAGAAAAACAUUUGAACCAAGGUGUUAGGACUUACGUAGAUCCCUUUACAUAUGAAGAUCCCAACCAGGCAGUUCGAGAAUUUGCCAAAGAAAUUGACGCAUCCUGCAUUAAGAUUGAAAAAGUUAUAGGAGUUGGUGAGUUUGGUGAAGUUUGCAGUGGACGUCUCAAAGUGCCUGGCAAGAGAGAGAUCUGUGUGGCCAUCAAGACACUGAAAGCUGGGUAUACGGACAAACAAAGGAGAGACUUCCUGAGCGAGGCCAGCAUCAUGGGACAAUUUGACCACCCAAACAUCAUUCACCUGGAAGGUGUUGUCACCAAAUGUAAACCAGUAAUGAUCAUAACAGAGUACAUGGAGAACGGAUCCUUGGACGCAUUCCUCAGGAAGAACGAUGGCAGAUUUACAGUCAUCCAGUUGGUGGGCAUGCUGCGUGGUAUUGGGUCCGGAAUGAAGUAUUUAUCUGACAUGAGCUAUGUGCAUCGUGACCUGGCUGCACGGAACAUCCUGGUAAACAGCAACUUGGUCUGCAAAGUGUCUGAUUUUGGCAUGUCCAGAGUGCUUGAGGACGAUCCAGAAGCAGCUUAUACUACUAGGGGUGGCAAGAUUCCUAUCCGGUGGACCGCGCCAGAAGCAAUUGCCUAUCGCAAAUUCACAUCAGCAAGUGAUGUAUGGAGCUAUGGAAUCGUUAUGUGGGAAGUGAUGUCGUAUGGGGAGAGACCCUAUUGGGAUAUGUCCAAUCAAGACGUGAUUAAAGCCAUCGAGGAAGGCUAUCGGCUACCCCCGCCCAUGGACUGUCCCAUCGCCCUCCACCAGCUGAUGCUGGACUGCUGGCAGAAGGAGAGAAGCGACAGGCCUAAAUUUGGGCAGAUUGUCAACAUGUUGGACAAACUCAUCCGCAACCCCAACAGCUUGAAGAGGACGGGGACGGAGAGCUCCAGGCCUAAUACUGCCUUGCUGGAUCCCAGCUCCCCUGAAUUCUCUGCUGUAGUAUCUGUGGGCGAUUGGCUCCAGGCCAUUAAAAUGGACCGGUAUAAGGAUAACUUCACAGCUGCUGGUUACACCACCCUAGAGGCUGUGGUGCACAUGAACCAGGAUGACCUGGCAAGGAUUGGCAUCACGGCCAUCACGCACCAGAACAAGAUUCUGAGCAGUGUCCAGGCCAUGCGAACCCAAAUGCAGCAGAUGCACGGCAGGAUGGUUCCUGUCUGAGCCAGUACUGAAUAAACUCAAAACUCUUGAAAUUAGUUUACCUCAUCCAUGCACUUUAAUUGAAGAACUGCACUUUUUUUACUUCGUCUUCGCCCUCUGAAAUUAAAGAAAAAAUUUA